GUGCAUGUCUUACAGUGCAUAGUUGGCGCAUGCGCGUCUUCUGAGGCGCUGUAAGAUGGCGGUAGGCCGCUUCGUCCCGAUUCGGUGGUCUGGAGAGUUAGCGGAAGCGAGGGCUGCAGCCGCCCGGGAAUAACAGUAGCUGCUUCGCAGUGGGAAUUCCCUGGCCCUUUUUCGUGAGCAGAACGACAUCAAGAGAGACGUAGAGAACCUGAGAUCCGGAGGGAGAGGGCAAAGCGGGCCCCUCCCCCCAAGCCUCCCCACAGAUCAGCCAACUCUCUCCCUUUCUCCCCCCUCCUCCCUUUUUUCCCAGCGCUCAACACGCGGGUCUGUGGCACAGGCGCAGAAGGAGGCGGAGGGGGCCUUUUGCUCCGUGCGCGUGCGGGCUUCCGCGCGCGCUUUCCGUCUCUCUCUCUUGAUUGGUCAAGUUGCGUCUCCACCAUUCCCCCCUCCCCUCUAGUUUGAGGAGGAAUGGGAGGCGGGGCCAUAUAGCGCAUGCGCGCCAGUAUUGCUGUCUCUUGCUGUUGCGUUGCAAAAAAAAUUUCGGGUUGGGUAGUCUUGUUCCCCUCGUACGGGGGCUGCAGAGGGUUUGGGAAAGUGUUGCGGAGGGAAGGGGGUGGGGGUAGGGAGUCGGGUAGUGUGAGGUACCCGACACAAACUCCCAUCCCCCGUCCCACGGGACAUCCAGGUUCUUGUUGGGAAAGGGGAUAUGAGUGCAAGGUACGGGUCCGGUCCUCGGUAAAAGCAGGGUUCCUACGCUCAAAAAUCCUUGCCUCGCGGACCGGACGUUUAGAAGGGCAUUGCUCUAGGCCUUAUACGCCCCUGACCCCUGGGAGAAUCUCUUCUAACCCCUAACUGGUUUAAACACUACCCCCCUAUUACAAACUGAUCAAAGUGCAAGACUUGCAGCCGCCUCGGCCGUCCCUCUCGGAGCCUCGGGGCCGCCUCCGGCGCCGGCCCUCCCGGUCCUCCCGCCCCCACCGCCAGUCGAGCCGAGCGCGUGCACCCGCUUUCUCUUUCCCUCACAGCCCCCAGCUUGCACGCACCCGCAGUGAUUGUUUUGCCCGCUCCCGCCGCCGCCGCAGGAGGAGCAGCAGCGCUAGUGCAAGGGGGAAAGAUGGCGGCCGGCGGCGGCGGCGGAGGCGGCGGCAGCAAGGCCUCCUCGUCGGCCUCUUCGGCUGGGGCCCUGGAAUCUUCGCUGGAUCGCAAAUUCCAGUCGGUGACCAACACGAUGGAAUCUAUCCAGGGCCUGUCGUCAUGGUGCAUCGAGAACAAGAAGCACCACAGCACUAUCGUCUACCACUGGAUGAAGUGGCUCCGCAGAUCUGCCUUUCCACACCGACUGAAUCUCUUUUACCUGGCCAACGAUGUUAUACAGAACUGUAAACGGAAAAAUGCAAUCGUAUUCCGUGAAUCAUUUGCUGAAGUGCUUCCUGAAGCUGCCUCUCUGGUGAAGGAUCCAUCUGUCUCUAAGUCCAUAGAACGAAUUUUUAAAAUCUGGGAAGAGAGAAAUGUAUAUCCCGAAGAAACAAUUGUGAUACUAAAAGAAGCUUUGAGUACCACUUUCAAAACUCAGAAGCAGCUGAAAGAAAAUCUGAACAAACAACCGAAUAAGCUGUGGAAGAAAUCACAAACAUCCACCAACCCUAAAGCUGCCCUCAAGUCUAAGAUAGUCGCCGAAUUUCGAUCCCAGGCUCUCAUUGAUGAACUUCUGCUGUAUAAGCGUUCUGAAGACCAGAUUGAACUGAAGGAGAAGCAGCUGGCCACUAUGAGAGUAGAUGUGUGCAGUACAGAGACACUCAAGUGCUUAAAAGAUAAAACUGGUGGGAAAAAGUUUUCCAAAGAAUUUGAAGAAGCAAGCUCCAAGCUGGAAGAAUUUGUGAAUGGCUUAGAUAAACAGGUGAAAAAUGGACCCUCGCUGACAGAGGCACUAGAGAAUGCUGGAAUUUUCUAUGAAGCUCAAUACAAGGAAGUCAAAGUGGUGGCCAAUGCAUAUAAAACCUUUGCUAACAGGGUAAACAAUUUAAAGAAGAAACUGGAUCAGCUCAAGUCAACCCUACCUGACCCUGAAGAAUCUCCAGUCCCUUCACCAAGCAUGGAUGCUCCCUCUCCAACUGGUUCUGAGUCUCCUUUCCAAGGAAUGGGAGGAGAGGAGUCCCAGUCACCAGCUGCAGAGAGUGAAAAAUCAGCUACACCCGAACCUGCUACAGAUAACCGAGAUGUAGAGGACAUGGAACUCUCUGAUGUGGAAGACGAUACAUCAAAAAUCAUUGUGGAAGACAGGAAGGAAAAACCUGUUGAAAAGCCAGCUCUAUCCACAUCUGCACCAACUAAACUAACAGAAAGUGUCCCAAAGGCAGCACCAUGCACCACAGCUGCUGCAGCUGUGACAUCAACUCCACCACCACCAAAACCCAUGAGCACAUCAGUUCUGCCUCCGUCUCCUGCGCUGGCUUUGCCAAAUCUAGCCAAUGUGGAUCUGGCAAAGAUCAGUUCUAUCCUUAGCAGUCUAACAUCUGUCAUGAAGAAUACAGGGGUCAGUCCUGCAUCAAGACCAUCUCCAGGCACUCCUACAAGUCCCACACACCUCCCCAGCAACCUGAAAGCACCUGUGCCUACUACGACUACAUCUCACAAUCCUCUGGCCAACAUCCUCUCAAAGGUGGAAAUCACCCCAGAGAGUAUUCUCUCUGCCCUUUCCAAAACCCAGACACAGGCAGCCCCUGCACUGCAAGGCCUGUCAUCCUUACUUCAGAGUGUGACUGGGAACCCAGUUGCUUCAAGUGAAGCUGCAUCCCAAAGCACUUCAUCUUCCCCAGCCAACACCACCAUCUCCAGCAUGAAAGGGAGGAGUCUGCCCUCCAACACACAAUCCUUUAUUCCUAAAAGCUUUAGCUACUCUCCCAACUCUUCAACUUCCGAAGUUUCUUCAACUUCAGUUAGCAAGGUCCCAGUAGGACAUAGCCCAGGGCUCCCAAGCUCCAGUUUUAAGCCACCAUCUAAUUCCCUGGGAUUUACUGCUUCCCACAAUGCGAAUCCUGCUAUUCCAUCCACUGAACCUGCUCUGGGGCAGUCCUCUGAGAUUCCUAAGCCAAAGCUAGAGUCAGAGCCCACCUCCCCAAGCCUAGAGAUGAAGAUCCAUAACUUUUUGAAAGGCAACCCUGGUUUCAGUGGGUUAAACCUAAACAUCCCAAUCCUCAGCAGCUUGGGGGCCACCGUUCCAGCCGACAGCCAUCCAUCUGACUUCCAGCGAGGCCCGACAAGCACUUCCAUGGACAACAUCGACGGAACCCCCGUUCGCGACGAACGGAGCGGGACGCCUACCCAAGACGAGAUGAUGGACAAGCCGACGUCCAGUAACGUGGACACCAUGUCCUUGUUGUCCAAGAUCAUCAGUCCCGGCUCGUCGACCCCCAGCAGCACGAGGUCGCCGCCCCCUGGAAGGGACGACAGCUAUUCCCAAGAGCUGUCUAACUCCGUGUCUUCCUAUCGACCUUUCGGCCUCGGCAGCGAAUCCCCCUACAAGCAGCCCCCUGAUGGAAUGGAGAGGCCAUCCUCCCUCAUGGACUCCCCCCAGGAAAAGUUCUACCCGGAUACCUCUUUCCAGGAAGAUGAGGAUUACAGAGAUUUUGAGUACUCGGGCCCCCCUCCAUCAGCCAUGAUGAACCUGGAGAAGAAGCCGGCUAAAUCGAUCCUAAAAGCGAGCAAGCUUUCUGACACCACCGAAUACCAGCCCAUCCUGUCCAGCUACAGCCACAGGACCCAGGAGUUUGGCGUGAAGUCCGCCUUCCCUCCAGCCAUGAGGGCCCUCCUGGACCCAAACGAGGGCUGUGACCGGCUCUCCUCCUCCCCCGGCCUGUACAGCACCUAUGGCCUGAGAGGGAGCGAGUCCGGGUCGGACCGGUCGCCGUCUCCCAGUAAGAACGACUCCUUUUUCUCUGCUGACUCUAACCACAAUAGCCUUUCCCAGUCCGCCACCGCCGCUCAUCUUGGUCUGGCCCAGAAGCAGUACCCGGACUCUCCACACUCGCUGCCGCACCGAGCUCUCUUCUCUCCGCAGAGCACCCUUGCCACUCCCUCGGGCCGGCCCGCCGCCGCUGCCGCCGCCGCUGCCGCCACCGUGGACAAGGUCCUGGCCUCCACCAUCUCCACCACGUCCACCAUGGAGUUUAAGAACAUGCUCAAAAAUGCCUCACGCAAGUCAUCGGAUGACAAGCAUUUCAACCAGGCCCCCAGCAAGGGCAGCGCCGGCGAAGGCCUGGCCGCCUUGAGUUCGGGCGAGCAGCAGCCGCCGCCGCAGCCGCAGCAGCCGCCCCAGCCUCAGCAGCAGCCACAGCCGCAGCAGCCGCCGCCGCCGGCACCCGAGGAGCACUACCGCAUAGAGACGCGCGUCUCCUCCUCCUGCCUAGACUUACCUGACAGUACUGAGGAGAAGGGGGCCCCCAUAGAGACGCUGGGCUACCAUAAUGCCUCCAACAGGAGGAUGUCAGGGGAGCCCAUCCAGACGGUAGAAUCCAUCCGGGUGCUGGGGAAAGGGAAUAGAGGACACGGGCGCGAGCCCUCCAGGGUGGGGUGGUUCGAGCUGAGCCCUUCGGGCGCCUCCUCCUUCGACAACGGCCCCUCCAGCGCCUCGGAGCUGGCCCCCCUCGGGGGUGGGGGCGGGGCGGGCCUCCCCGGCUUCAAGGCGGCGCCGUACAAGGAGCGGGCGCCCUCGUUUCAGGAAAGUGUCAGCUUUCGCUCCAGCAACUUCAACUCUACUUUUGAACACCAUCUCCCGCCUCCUCCCUUGGAGCAUGGGGCACCCUUCCAGAGAGAGCCUCUGGGGCCGUCAUCGGCACCCCCAGGCCCCUCUAAGGAGCAUGGGGGGCUCUUCUCUCGGGAUACUCCCAGCCACCUGUCCUCUGUGGAUAUCUCGAACCCCUUCACAAAGGAGGCCACCCUAGGCCACGGUGCCCCUCCCCCUCCCCCUGGGGAUCAUAGUGGGGUUCCCUUCUCCACCCCACCCCCUCCCCCUCCCCCUGGGGAGCACAGCAGCAGUGGUGGCAGUGGUGUCCCUUUUUCCAGCCCUCCCCCUCCUCCUCCCCCUGUUGACCACUCAGGGGUGGUCUCCUUCCAAGCCCCACCCCUGGCAGAGCACAGCGGAGUGCAGGGGCCCGUGGCCGUGUUCUCCAAGGAGCAUAGCUCCCUCCUCCAAGGGAACCUGGCUGAGCAUUUUGGAGUGCUCCCAGGACCCCGGGACCACGGGGCCCCCACGCAGAGGGACCUCAACGGCCCUGGCCUGAGCCGCGUGCGGGAGAACCUCAGCCUGCCCACACAUUCUCGGGAGCACCUAGGCCCAGGCCACGGAGGAGGGGGAGGGGGCGGCAGCAGCAGUGGCCCUGCCUUGGGUCCCCCACACAGAGACACCAUCAGCCGGAGCGGAAUGAUCUUGCGGAACCCCCGGCCAGACUUUCGGCCUAGGGAAUCUUUUCUCAACAGAGACCCGUUUCACAGCUUAAAGAGGCCCAGGCCACCUUUUGCUAGGGGCCCUCCGUUCUUUGCACCAAAACGCCCAUUCUUCCCUCCCAGGUACUGAUGGAGACCAAGGGAAAGCAUUUUGAACACUCUAGAGAGCAUUGGAAGUAGGUUUUUUUGGUUUGUGCUUUUGUUUUUGUUUUUUGUUUUUCUUUUCCCUUCCCUCUCUUCCCCCGUUUUUUAUUGUUGUGAUAAAGCCCUCCCCCUCAUGUCACCUUCCUAAAUUAAAAGAAAUCUCUGCUUGCACCUCCCAACUCCACUAGACUUUCCACCUUACCAACCUGCCACCCUCAUUUCUUUUUGUGGGAUUUUUACAUAUAUAUUUAUAUGUAUAAAUGUACAUUAUUUAUAUAUAUAAAUGUAUAUACACAUGCGCAAAGCCAUUUGGUUUGGUUGUGAGUCAUGGGACAAGCAGAAGAAAAGGAAAACAAAAUCUGUUCUAACCCCAUUUUCUGAAGAGUAUUGCCAUUUAAAUAAAACUUCCAAUAGUACAGAUAAUGACAUAUGUGCGAUGUUGGGGUGUUAUUUGGGGCUUGACUUAUCAUGUGGUCAACCAGUGGAUUCCGCCCUUCCCUUCUUCCCCUCACCCCCCAAAUGUCACUUGCUAUAAUCAGCUGAGCCAUCAAGCUUUGGCCGUCUGUGUCCUGCUGACAGUUGAAGGGAACAGCUUGGGAAGAAAUCAGAAGCCUUUGGUUUGGGUAGCUUUUGAAAAAGACAUUAAAAGUUUCUGAGCACAUAUGUAUCACUGCUCUUCACCUCCUCUCUCCAAUGUAAAAAUUCAGACAUCCCUUCACAACAGUUUUACAGGAAACCUUUGGGACAAAAUGAGCAUUCUAAAAUUUUUGUUUCUGGGAAUACCAGAGAAAAGGAUAGAGAAAGGUGAUUUCUAGCUGAGUAAAAAUAGAUAUCGAUGGUAGAUAAUCUCUAUGUACAGUGUGAAGUAUGACAUGUUUCUGUUCUUCAUAAACACAUGUAGAGAUGGACCCAGGAUCAUAGGUGACUGAUUCACACAUGUGCACCUAGAUCUUUGCCUCUGCUUCUGUAUCCUAUCUUCGUCUUUCCCAUUUUCCUUUGUCUCUGCUCUUGGUUUGGCCAAAAGGAAAGUCACUACAGCUGAGAUCUAGUCAUAAUGGCAACAAAUGCUUCGAAGUUAUUUGUUCUUUGUUUUCUUUUUAAGGCUGCCUCCCUAGAUGUUUCUAUAUUUAGAAUUUAGAGUGUCCUGAAGUUAUUCUUUCUGGUAUCUAGAAAAGAAUCUUUCCUCUGGGCUAUGUCAGCAAUUCAUGGCAAAGAUUCACUAGGAGAGAGAGAGAAAGAUUUUACGUCCCUCAAGUGUCUAAAGAAAUUUCUAUAGCAUUUUUUAAAAUGUUAUAUAUAUACUUGGGAUCUAUUGUUUCUUUACCCCUUAAGAGGAAUGUGGAUACAGGACCACCUAAUAGAUCUUAACUUCUAGGGUUCAUGGACAGCAAGCUAUCACUAAUAGGACUGAACUCUCAAUCCAAAGGCAGGAAGAAAUCAGGUUUUCUAUCCCUGCCCUAAAAGGGAUCAAGUUGCUUUAAGACCCUGGAGAAAAGCAAUGGUUGAAAUUGUUUCCACUGUCACAUUUAGCAUCCUAGAGAAGCAGCCCUUGCUUUGCUGCAGUUUCCUUUGUUUUGUGAUUUAGUGUCUCUCCCUAUUCUUUUCCCACCCCUUCUACCUCCAAAAUAUAUACCUGAUGUGGAAAUAGUGUUUGGAGAAUCUCCAGUUGGGUAACUGAAAUAGCAUCUGCUGAGGUUUUCAUCAGAUCCAUCAGGUUUCUUAUACUUUCUCUCCAAGCCAGGGAAAGAAGAUGAGAUAAAAGUAUGAGUACUGAUCAUUGUGGGGAGGAGGAAACAGUUGUUUUGUUUUGCAGGGGAGUGCACAGUGGAAAGAUCACAGAAGGUAUGGUUCUGUGUCUUGUUAGAACAAGCUUACUUUGGUAUUAAAGAAGGGAAACCAUGUUUAAUAAGCCUUUGGAGCAUUUAAUGUAACUUAUUCCACAUUAUUUAUUUGAACUUAGAGGUUCGUGUUUUGUGUAGUUAGGGUGCUAAAAAGCCAUCCAUCUUCCUAAUGUGUAUCUAGGCUUUAGCCUAACUCUUCUCCCUUUUUCUGAUGCUCCAAGGUCCCCUAGAGCUCCCCACAUGUAUGCACAGUCUUGUGGUAUUGGCUGGAUUAGUUAGCAAAGAAGCAGUUCAGUAACAUUGAGCCCUAAAAUGUUUGGGGAGACAGAGAAAGGAAGUAUGGGUUUCGUUUUGAUUUUUUGAAUAUUGAAAUAGAUUUCCUGGGGGGGUGGGGGUUGGAAAAAAGGGAUAUGUUUCCCUUUGGAAUAUAAGAAUGUGAAUUAUUUCUGCUGCUCUUGCUUAAAGUAAAAGUGGUGUUUACUUGAAAAAAGCUCUCACCAUUUUAUUUCAUCAGAAGAUGGCCUGAAAGGUGCCCAAAAAGUAGACUCCUGAAUGUUUGUUUGUUUGUUUUUAGUGGGGGGGGGGGGUGUCCUUAAAGCAUGAUGGUUAAUGCCUGAAAGGAAGACUUUGUACAGUUUAAAAGACAGACUUUUAGUGGCUUUUUUUUAAGCCACAAAAUCUUCCGUGUUUGUAUUUGGGGAUGGAGGUGGGAGUUAGUACUUAACUCUCAGCUGUUAACUUCAAGGAAAACUAUCUACAACAGUAACAGAAGAUGCCAGUGUAUAUAUGUAUGCUAUAACAAAAAAAGACAUUUCUGGUAUACGUAACAUGAACUGAGAGGUUUUAGUCUUUCUGUGUCUGUGAUUUAAACCUCCUUGACCAUGCUCUGACUUUUGUAUCUUACCUUGAGUUUAAAAAAUAACAAUAAAAAAAAUAUUUUUUAAAGAAAACAUAACAUCGUGUGUCUUGACACAGAUAUGAUUAGUAUGAAAGAAAAAACAAAGUCAUUGCUGAAAUCCUUACUACUCACUGUGAAAUCACAGACAGAGAACUGGGGGGAAGGGGUGGGGGAAGUGGGAGUUAAAUUACCCCAAUACCACUUUAAGCUUUGUGAAUAGAAUCAGAUGUAGAGGUCCUAAAAAUUGGCAAGAGUUUGGUGUUUUGACCCUGCAAAACCUGCUUGUCGAUGGCCCAUCUCUCCUUGUCCUAGUCUUGCACCUCAUAGACUGCCCUCCCAGAGGGGACUGCAGUGUCGGGGUGAAUGUGUGGGGAAGCAAAAAAGGCAUCUAGAUAAUGUGAAUAUGCUAUACUUCCUAAUUAUAAAAGACUUGGUCCUAUUUUGAAGUUGCUGGUUUAUGCAGAAUUAAGCUGCAGCUGUUAUUGUUUUGAAAACAAUGUAAUUGACUGCUUUCCUCUUUUUUUCCUUUCUCUUUUUUUUGGGGUGGGGUGGGUAGGGGUGGGGAUGGGGUGCUUGUUGAGCUUAAAAAUAGAUAUGUUGGAUUGAUAGUCUCACCUGUUCAGUGUGGAAACAAAAGUACCUGCAUUUAAAGGUAACAACAAUGAAACUGCAGAUCCUUUGAAAUGUGUAUUAAUAACAUUUAAUAAAAUAACUAGUUCUAAA